GGCCCGGGCGGCCUCGGGCGCCAUGGAGGCCGGCGGCGGGCGGCGGGUGGUGGCGGUGGGCGCUGGGCUGGCGGGGCUGGCGGCGGCGCAGCGGCUCCGCGGUCACGGCUCGCUGCGGGUGCUGGAGGCGACGCCCCGCGUCGGAGGCCGCGUCUGCACCCGCCCCUUCGCGUCGGGGCUGGCGGAGAUGGGCGCGCACUGGAUCCACGGGCCCUCGCCGGCGAACCCCGUUUUCCGCCUGGCCGCCGGGUACGGGCUGCUGGGCCCCGGGGCCGCCGAGGAGGAGAACCAGCGCGCCGAGACGCGGGGCCACCCCCCGCCGCCCGCCGUCACCUACGGCUCGGGGCGGGUGCUGAGCCCGGGGGCCGUAAGCGAGGCCCGCCGCCUCUUCGACGACCUCCUGGCCGCCGCCUGCACCUUCGGGGGCGCCGCGGAGCUGCCGGCGCCCAGCGUGGGGCAGUUCCUGCGGGCGGAGAUCGCGCGGCGGCUCCCGGCCCCGGGCGGCAGCGGGGCCGCCCGGCAGCUGCAGCUCGCCAUCCUCGCCGCCUGCCUCAAGCUGGAGUGCUGCAUCAGCGGCAGCCACAGCAUGGACCUGGUGGCCCUGGAGCCCUUCGGGGAGUACGUGUCCCUGCCCGGGCUGGACUGCACCUUCCCGGGCGGCUACAGCAGCUUACUCGACCGCAUGCUCUCGGAUCUGCCCGAUGACACCGUCCUGCUCAACAAGGCAGUGAGGACGAUCCGGUGGCAAGGGUCCUUCCAUGAGGAAGGGGAUGAAGCCAGGGAUUUCCCCAUCCAGGUGGAGUGCGAGGAUGGAGACAUCUUCCUUGCUGACCACGUCAUCAUCACCGUCCCUCUGGGUUUCCUCAAGAAACACCACAAAGACUUCUUCCAGCCUCCCCUGCCAGAGCAGAAAGCAGAGGCCAUUCGCCGCCUAGGUUUUGGCACCAACAACAAGAUCUUUCUGGAGUUUGAGCAGCCCUUCUGGGAACCCCAGCAGCAGUUCCUCAAAGUGGUGUGGGAGGACGAGUCACCUCUUGAGGAGCCCAGCACCAACCUGGAGGCCAACUGGUUCAAGAAGCUCAUCGGAUUUGUGGUCCUACAACCUCCAGAGCAGCAUGGGCACGUCCUCUGUGGCUUCAUUGCGGGGAAGGAGUCGGAGUACAUGGAGACUCUGAGCGACAUGGAGGUUCUCAACACCAUGACAGACAUGCUCCGCACACUGACAGGCAACCUGCAUCUGCCUGCUCCCCGGAGUGUACUCAGGUCCAAGUGGCACAGCGCACCCUACACAUGGGGCUCCUACACCUACGUGGCUGUCGGCAGCUCGGGGGCGGACAUCGACACACUGGCUCAGCCCCUGCCGCAGGACCCCAAGGACUCCAGGCCUCUGCAGCUCCUCUUUGCUGGCGAGGCCACCCACCGCACCUUCUACUCCACCACCCACGGGGCCCUAGAGUCGGGCUGGCGAGAAGCUGAGCGCCUCAACGAGCUCUUCGGGACACCCGGCCCCGCUCCUUGCCUCUGAAGCAG